AUGACAUUCAUUUCGGCAUCCUCUUUGUCUUCCUCCUCCCCCUCUUUCUCCCCGUCCUCUUCUUCAUUGCCCUCCCCUAACACUAUCUCGGAACUCUCAUCACACAACUCCACUGAACAACGGGCCAAUGCUCAUUCCCAACUUGAAUCCAAUGACGGUGCAAAGCAUCGCGACAAUCGAAAAGCAUCGGCAAUGCAACGGCUUUUGAGAAGCAAGCACUGGGUGCUUACUCCACCAGACACAGAUCGUUUCCGCUUUUGUUUCAAAGAGCCAACAACUUGUUCCUCAGAUGUGCCAGAUGAUAGUGCGCCUAUUGAAUCAGCAGCAGCAGCAAAAACAAAGACAACUCGUAUCGUAUCUUACAAGGUGGAUCGAGUAGCAGCAUCGCGUGAACACAACAAACCCGAAAAGGAUACACCUAUAAAGUUUGAGGACAUUGAUGUCGCACCAACCUCUGCAGACUCAAACAGCAGCAGCAGCACUCUCUUGGGCCAUUGCAUAGUACUCAACCUUGCCUUUGAAAAACGGAUCAUAGCACGAUACACGCUUGAUAAUUGGAUCACUUUUACGGAUACGGAUGCAACGCAUGUUGAAUCAGUGGUUGAUGAUAAAUACGAUCGCUUUUCGUUUACAAUACCUGUGCAAGAAGAUUUCUCGGCUGAUGAUGAGGAUGAUCAUCACAACGAACUUGACAUUCAAUUGGCUUUGUGUUAUUGCGUUGAUCAUGUUGAACAUUGGGACAAUAAUGGCGGCGAGAACUACCAUAUCAAGGUGGUCCAUUCUAUCACUGUGGUGCAUGAAGACAACAAGAAGGAUCAUCAAGAGGAUGAGGAAGAGCAAGAGCAGCCUGUGAUGUGGAUGCAAAAGACUUCAGCAUUGGCCAAUGAUACGCAUAUCAGCCCAUGGACAACAUCUCGUUUCUGGAUCCCUGGAUACAUGCGACAUAGCCAGAUGACAUUUGCACGAGACAAUUACGACAUUGAGUUUCUACCACCAACCAAACUGCCGGAGCAGGAACAAGAUGAGGAGGAUGAGAAGUUAACAACACCAGUGGAUGGCGAUAUCGCCGAGCAACAACAAGGAUUGCCUAGCAACGAUCACCAUGACGAAGUAAAAAGUCGAAAAUAG